CCAAACCUGAAAGAAACCCUAAAUCCGCCAUGGCCAAGAAGCGAAAAGCUCGUGCUUCACAAGCUACGGCAGAACAACUACAGGUUGAGGAUCAAACCAACGAUGCUGCUGCUGCUGCUGCAGCGGAGGAGCAAGAGCAAGGAGAUGAACAACUUCAGAAUUUGGAGGAGAAUAAAGAAGACGAUGAACAAGGAGAGGAAGAUUUUGAUGAGGACGAAGAAGAAGAAAACGAGGAAGAAACGACCAGAAACGAGGCAAAAGAAGUUAAGGUUGAAACCAACGGUGGAGGCGGACAGGAAACAGAAUGUUUGGCGGAAGAGCCUGUAGAUAAGCUUCUUGAGCCGUUCUCUAAGGAACAACUCGUCUUACUCCUGAAGGAGGCUGUUUCUAAGUACCCUGGUUUUAUUGAAAGUGUCGAGAAGAUUGCCGAUGCGGACCCUGCCCACAGGAAGAUCUUUGUACAUGGUCUAGGUUGGGACACCAACACCGAAACCCUAAUCAGUGAGUAUGGGAGGUACGGUGAGAUCGAGGACUGCAAGGCUGUGGUAGAUAAGGUCUCUGGAAAGUCCAAAGGAUACGGGUUCAUACUCUUCAAACACAGGAGCGGGGCUCGGAACGCUCUGAAGGAACCUCAGAAGAAGAUAGGGAAUCGCAUUACCUCGUGUCAGCUGGCUUCUGCUGGUCCAGUCCCAGCCCCUCCACCUACUGCACCUCCAGUGUCUGAGUACACGCAGAGGAAGAUAUUCGUGAGCAAUGUGUCAGCCGAAAUUGAUCCUCAGAAGCUUCUAGACUUCUUUUCGAAGUUUGGGGAGAUUGAGGAAGGGCCACUGGGAUUGGAUAAGCAGACGGGAAAACCUAAGGGGUUUGCACUCUUUGUGUAUAAGAGCCUCGAAAGUGCAAAACAAGCGCUUGAAGAGCCACACAAGAACUUUGAAGGGCAUACUUUGCAUUGCCAGAAGGCUAUUGAUGGUCCAAAACCAGGCAAAGGUUUCUAUCAACAGCAACACCAGCAUCAUCACCAACAUCAACAGUAUGGUGGUCAUCAUCAUCCUUCUAAAAAGUCCAAGUAUUCUGGCGCGGGGAGUGUUGCAGGACAAGGUCAUUUGAUGGCACCUUCGGGACCUUCGGUGGGUUACAACCCAGCCGUUCCUCCGGCAUUGACCCCUGCUUUGGGACAGGCCUUGACUGCACUCCUUGCGACUCAGGGAGCAGGACUGGGGAAUCUUUUAGGACUUGGUGGACCUGUGAACCCACAGGGAAUUUACAAGGUCUGUCUUUAA